GAGUAAUAUUUAGUAUUAGGUAAAGUUUGGGAUAUAUCAGUCCGCCUUUAUUUGCUUUCCACUGCCACUGAUGCGCGCCGUGCGCCGUUUCUCGUCUAAACCAUCCGCGGCGAUUUUCCUUCCUCUUUGGAGCUCAGAGCUGUGUGUAAAGUUUCAUCAAUAUCCAUGGGAAAGAAGCGGAAACACAGUGAAACUGCGACUGUGGCCAAUGGGAAUAAACAUGAAGGUGCACCAGAAAGGCCUAAGAGGACUCUCUUAGGUUGGAAAGAUGAUUCCAUUGACGAGAAUAAAGAAACUAACUCUGGGGUUAGUUUUAGAAAUAAAGAAAAGGUCUUGGUUACUUGUUCUCGUCGCAUUAGCUUCAGGUAUCGGCAUUUAAUGCUGAACUUGGUUUCCCUUUUGCCUCACUGUAAGAAAGAUAACAAGGUGGAGUCUAAGGAUAGUAAAGGUGCAACUUUGAAUGAGCUAGUUGAGCUGAAGAGCUGUUCGUCUUGUUUAUUCUUCGAGUGCCGGAAGGGAAAGGACCUUUAUCUAUGGAUGGCCAAGUGCCCGAAUGGUCCUUCUGUGAAGUUCUUAGUUAAUGCAGUGCACACGAUGGAAGAAUUGAAGCUAACUGGAAAUCACUUGAAGGGUUCACGGCCUAUCUUGACUUUCUCAAGCAACUUUGAUAAAGACCCGCACUGGAAGCUUUUGAAAGAAAUGGUCAUACAGAUUUUUGGAACUCCAAAGGAUCACCGCAAAUCUAAACCUUUCCAUGAUCACGUUUUUGUGUUUUCAAUCCUUGAUGAUCACAUAUGGUUCCGUAAUUACCAGAUAUCUUGUCCUCAUACUGGAACACAAAAAAUAGACCGUGGGGACCUGGAAAAGAUGACCCUUGUUGAGGUUGGUCCAAGGUUCUGCUUGAACCCAAUUAAAAUAUUUGGUGGUAGCUUUGGUGGCCCCACACUCUACGAGAAUCCAUUUUACGUUUCACCAAAUCAGAUCCGAUCAUUAGAGAAAAAACAGAAGGCCGGGAAAUAUGCUAAGAAAGUCAAAGCCAAGACUAGGAGAAAAAUGCAUCAGUUGUCAAAUCCUCUAGAAGUCGAUGAGUUUGCUGAUAUGUGGAAGGAAUGAUGAAUCAUUGCCCAAACCUAGCAUCUUUUUUGUUUUGCCGUUGUUACUAAGGCUUUUUUUUAAUCACUGGACGCAUCAGGGAAAUGAGAGCAUCGCCAAGAUGCUGCAGUUUUGUUCUAUUAGAGUUAUGUUUGCUAUCCAUUUUAAACGCUCUUCAGAUUGUUUUAUUUUGUAGUGGGAAAGUAUUACAGGGUGUAAAAAUGCCCGUUAUUUUGUUCUGCAGUUUUCUAUUAUCAUUUCUCUUGCAUAGAAACAUGAUAACUUCCAUGGAUUAGAUGGUUGGGUUAUUUGUC